AUUUAACUUAUGCCCAUGCAGCCUCUUCCUACAUCCCAGCCUGCCUUUAGCCUUCUGCCCCAUUUGUCCCAUCGGAGCACUGGGCUGCGGGUGCCCCCGUCCUUCCAGCGAUGCAGGGCAGAGCCCAACCCGGGGCUGCAGCAGGGCUGGGAGCAGGACGCCUGCUUCCUCACUCCGCUCUCGGCUCGGAAAACGCCCGGCCGGAGUCGACUUGGCAGCAAGACGCCAGUUUUCCAGCUGCCUCCUCGCCACGCUGCUCUCCCCACCGCCUCUGUCCGCCGCUCGGCCCUCGGCCCCCUCCGGCGCGGGCCGCCUUGUCCUGGUGCUGCCGGCCGAGCGGCUGGUUUCCCUAGCAACGGGCCGUGCCGCGGCGGGGCGGCCUCCUCCCCGCGCCCGGGCCCGGGCCCGCCUGCCCGCCGGCUCCGGCCUACUCCGCACUCCUCCGGCGCGCUCCCGGCGGCGGGCAUGGCCCGCUCCGGCUCGGUGCGGCUGCACGGCGAGGCGGCCGCCUUCACCGCCGCCCUCCGCUCCCUGGUCAACAACCCGCAGUUCAGCGACGUGACGUUUGUGGUGGGCCGGGAGAAGCGGGAGGUGUUUGCGCAUCGCUGCGUCCUGGCCUGCCGCUGCCAGGCCUUCCAGGGGAUGUUGAGCCAGGCACCGGCGGGCAGCGAGGGCGAGGGCCCCCCCGGCAGCGUCCCGCCGCAGGGCCCCCUCGUCCUGGGCAACGUGCAGCCCGAGGUCUUCCUGGCCGUCAUUGAGUUCCUCUACACCAACUGUGUGACCCUCAACAGCCACAUUGCCCUGGAGGUGCUGACCUCAUCGGUGGAGUAUGGCCUGCAGGACCUGUGCAAGCUCUGCGUGGAGUUCAUCAAGGACACGCUGAGCGUGGAGCAGGUCUGCGAGGCCCUGCAGGCCGCAGUGACCUACGGGCAGACGGACCUCCAGCAGCACUGCCUGGCCUUCAUCGAGGGCUACACUGCGGCGGUGGUGCGGACGCGGGGCUUCCAUGAGCUCUCGGACGCGGUGCUGGCACGGGUGCUGCGCAGUGACCGCCUGGCCGUCGACGAGCUGGAGCUGGUCCAGGCCGUGCGGCAGUGGGCGCACGUCAGCUCGGCCGUGCUGGAGCGGCCGGUGCCCGAGGUGGCCGCGCUGCCCGUCCGCGAGCUGCGCUUGCCCUUGCUGGCGCCCAGCGAGCUGGCGACGCUGGAGACCCACAACCAGCGGGACCUCCUCAUCCCGAUGGAGAGCAUCGCGGCAGCCUGGAGGUCCCACGCGCUGAGGAAGGGCAGUGGCGUGCCCUCGCGCCUCUGCCGGCCCCGGCAGGGCACACGGCCCCGCGACCACCACCGCCUCCUGGACCCCCACGCCAAGUAGGGGCCAGCCAAGCCGGGGGGGCCGGCCCCCCAGCAACGCCCCCACUGAGGGUGCUGAAGAGCCCUGCGGGCAUGGGGCCGGGGGGGGGGGGGAUGUGGGGCACAGCGCGGGGCUGGGUAGGUGGGCGCUGCCACGGCCGAGAGCAGCAAUAAAACACUUGUACCCGCGCC